CAGAAAUUUUCUUCAUUCGCCGCACAGAUUUUACAGCGUUUGGGCGUGUUUUCUCCGUAUCUGCCUUUGAAAAUCCACAUAUGCGGGUCCAAUUAAUUCAUAAAAAGCAUACCGACAAACAGGAAGAACGCCGUCACAGUUCUGCAUUCAAUUAAGAAAAUUGAUGGAAAAACUCUCGUAAUAAAUCAAACUCCACUUCCAAUUCGCAUCUCUCUCUUUGUACGCGUGUGUGUGUGUGUAUGGACAGCAUUUGUAUUAGUGCGUGAGCAAAUUAUUGUAUAAUCGCCAAAAAAAUAAAAAUAAUAAAAGCAAGAACGCCAACGCGAGAACCAAAAGCUAUACAAUCAAAAAGAACUAGCUAAGCUACAAAAUUUAGUAAAGAAAACAAAAAUCAAUGACUAAAAUUUGUGUUGAACUCAGCAAUUACGCCCAAAAACAACUACAACUACAAACAAAAUAGUCAUUUUGUUGGAAACCAAAUUAUUCUUCACUGGAAGCAGCUAAAUUAUCUUGAUUACAAACAAAGAAAACUACCAAAAACCACUAAAUAUAUCAAUAUAAAACACUAAAAACUGGCUGACCUACUGAAUUUUAUAAUUACAAAGUCAUUACAAUUAACUACCUACGUAUAAACCAUAAAAACCAGUUGAGCUUCUGGAAAUCUUGAAGAAAACCAGCUGAUCUACUGAAAAAACAUCUGCAUAGAUAAAUACAAAGAAGUACGGAGCUAAGCUACUGAAUUCAUCGAUUACCUUAUCCAGCACUCUUGAGCUGAGCUACUGAACUCAUCGAUUACCCUAUCCAAAACUCAUCAUGCAGGCCAUCAAGUGUGUGGUUGUGGGCGACGGAGCGGUGGGUAAGACCUGCCUGCUGAUCAGCUAUACGACCAACGCCUUUCCCGGCGAGUAUAUACCCACCGUUUUCGACAACUAUUCGGCCAAUGUGAUGGUGGAUGCCAAGCCCAUUAACCUGGGACUCUGGGAUACGGCGGGUCAGGAGGACUACGAUCGCUUGCGACCUCUAUCCUAUCCCCAGACGGAUGUAUUUCUCAUCUGUUUCUCCCUGGUCAAUCCGGCCUCCUUUGAGAAUGUGCGGGCCAAGUGGUUCCCCGAGGUACGUCAUCACUGCCCAAGUGUUCCGAUAAUCCUCGUUGGAACCAAACUGGAUCUUCGCGAUGACAAGCAGACUAUCGAGAAACUGAAGGACAAGAAACUGACACCCAUCACAUAUCCCCAGGGAUUGGCGAUGGCCAAGGAAAUAGCUGCUGUCAAGUAUCUGGAGUGUUCUGCUUUGACCCAAAAGGGUCUGAAGACGGUAUUCGAUGAGGCUAUACGAUCAGUUCUAUGCCCCGUGGUUCGGGGUCCCAAGCGACACAAGUGCGAACUACUGUAAACUUUGAACCCACAAAAAAAAAAAAACAAAAAAACCCAGAAGAACAUCAAAAACUGACGGAGAACAAAGCGCAGAAUUCUGUGCGAAAUUUUCAUAUUCAUUCGCUUUGUUGGGUCUACAGUUACAGAUAGUGUGCGUGUGUGUGUCUUUAGGGUGUGAGUGCAAUGGCAUGAGUGUGUGAAUGAGUGAGCGUAUUUUUGUUUAUUGUCAGCUUUAUGUGGGGGAGCAGCAGCCACAAAACAACAACAACAACAGCUAUUUGAAAGGGGGCAGGGUUUAGUGGGGGUCUCCGGGGGGCAGAUCACGGAUAGAAAAAUAUACACAUAAGCAUAUAAGUAUGAUACUGUGCGUACACUGGAAAAAUAUAUAUUGUGAAUAACUUCUCUUACUUGAAAUGUAAAAAAUAAUGAUUAAUUGGAUGUUUUCUUAUUUCAAUACUGCCACAAGAAAUUGUUUAAAUCUUCUUACAUUUUAAAAUGCAUUGGCUUAAAUUAUAUUAUUAAAAACAAAAGUAAUUAAUUACAUUAACAAUUAAUUGAAUAUAAAAUAUUUGUUAUGAUAAAAUACCUAAAGAAAAUUAAAUUUUCUAAUGUUAGAGUUUGAGCAGAUUAACUAUAUUACUAAUGAAGAAUUACUGGUUCUUUAUUAUGGCAAAUGUUAUAUGUAACCGCAAAAUGCGUUUUAGAUGAGGAAACCACAUCUUCUACUUUAGGAUAAAAUAUUAGAAAACUAGUGCUUUAAUAUUGUUUUUCGGAUAAGUUGGGGGCCUCAUGCAAAAGGAACUUGGGCCAGAGAAAUGUAUGACAAAUCAAAUAAAAUUAAUUGUAAAUAAAUCUAGACGAUUUAAAGCCUUCAGCA